UCGUACAAAUUCGUCGAUGUGCGACAGUCAGAGAGUGGAAUUUGACUAUUAGAAUUAAACGCUACAGACACUUGGAAGAAUUUUUUUCGCUUUUUUGGAGUACACGAUGUUUAGAAACAAAUGACAUAAAUCUGCUUCGACUCGGUGCUAGUUUUGCGUUUUGUAUUGAUUAAUUUUUUUUAAAGAUUUCCGUAUCGGUGUCCAUUCAAGUUUGAGAAGAAAUACUACACGACGCAGAGCGAGAGUGUAAGUGGCCGCUUGUGGAACGAACAGGAGAAUUAAACUGAAAAACAAGACUAAGGAUGUAUAGCAAAAUGAACGGAUAUCCAUUAUCAUUUAGAUCCAGUGGUGGCAGGCUGUGGGGAAUGUCACAUUCGCUACCGUCGGGAAUGCUGCCUGAAAUUUUUCAGUCGAAUUACGCAUACGGACAGGAUUCAGAUUUUUCAUACUCGCCUCGAUCACGAAUGUACGACAUGCCCUCUAGUAGUACAUUCGGCAACGCACCAAACACUUCGUCGUCAAGCACAAGUUCAUUGUCUGGACUGAAUUUCGGACCUGGCGGCAACAACCAAAUCGGAACAAAUCUGAUUGUCAAUUAUCUGCCACAAGACAUGUCCGAGCGCGAACUUUAUUCUAUGUUCUCAACUAUGGGCCCAAUCGAAAGCUGUCGAGUGAUGAGAGAUUUCAAGACUGGUUACAGUUAUGGGUUUGGUUUUAUCAAUUUUUUGACUGAGGAAGCAGCGCAGCGUGCGAUUAGAUGCUUGAAUGGUUAUAGAGUUCGGAACAAACGACUAAAGGUUUCAUAUGCACGGCCACAUGGCGAAGACAUCAAGGAAACGAAUCUCUAUAUCACAAAUCUUCCACGAACGAUAACUGAAGAGCAGCUAGACAUCAUUUUUGGCAAAUACGGUACCAUAGUACAAAAGAAUAUUUUGAGAGACAAGCUCACGGGACAGCCAAAAGGCGUAGCGUUCGUCAGAUUCAGUAAACGAGAGGAGGCGCAAGAAGCGAUAUCUGCAUUGAAUAAUGUAAUACCACAAGGUGGUAUCCAACCCCUGAAUGUCAGGAUUGCAGAAGACCACGGGCGUGCAAAGGCGGCUCUUUACGUACCCUCAUAUAAUUCGAUUGUACACAACAACCGAGCAGACGGAUUGGACUUAAACAACCGGAAAAAAAUCGAUGCGUAUCCAUACUGAUAUUUAAGCUAUACUUCCACAGCAAAACUCGUUAAAAUAUAGCGAUAGAUCAAGUGGGCUCCUAAAAUCGCAUCAUUCACUAAUUUUUUAUUAGCUUUGUAUUUUUGUACCCAAUGUAUGUUAGGAACGUUAACAUUUAAUGUGAUAAAGUUUCUUAAAUACUCCAAUGGUUGCUAAUACCUCUACUGUAGAAUAUUUCGGACAAACAGAUUUAGUUUUUACUAUCAUACUUGAUACAACUUACCUAGAAAUCACGCAAACAUACAAAUCAUAGAAACUUUACCAAAUUCAGUAAAAGCUUAAAUUACCUGCGAAAUGAUUACAAUUAAUUAAAACCGACGUGAGAAUCCAAAUAUAAUAAUUAUAAUGUUCAGCUACCAAAUUAUCGUUAUCAUUAGCUAGUUAACCUCUUGCGCAGAAAAGUGAGAUGCAAACUUUUGUGUGGGUAUGUACUCUAAAAAGACUUCGGAAUUGACAUAGUUGUUCAUAACACUCCCAAAUGACUCACUUUAAGUUGGUAGUCAAAAAAAAAGGCGUCAUUAAAAGACAGUUCUUCCACUUUUUAAGCGUAUUCCAUUCAGCGUGAUUUGUUCUUCGCUUUGUAAAACUACACACGUUUCAAAUUGUAUACAAAUGGAAGUAACUGCAUUCUGUUGAUUGCGAAGUUAAUCAUAUAAAUAUUGAGACAUGAAUAACCGUACCUCAUCAGUUAUUUUUAUUUCACAAUGAAUAAAUGCAACGCAAUAAAAAUCGAAACGAGCGUAUAGUUAAUAUAAAUAUAAAAAAAAAUUGGAAACCUGUAUCAGAGUCUGAAGACACAUGUGAACAUUCGUAUUAAUCGACACUUUGAGUGACUACUGUAUUGGAGAAUUUACGUGUCUUGAUUCCAAAACCUUAUAUAAAGAAAAAAAAACUACGUAGUAUAUUUAUAAACUUUAAUGUUUCUUAUUACAUUAAAAUCCUAUAUAUUUAUAUUUAUCGUGAAAUCGAAUCAAAAAGAAAGAUUUAAAUCGUAAAAACAAAUUGAGAAAAAGCGAGUUAUACACACACGUGGAACCGUUUCACAUUUCCAACAAAUUGAAUUCAAAACUAUACAAUAUGUACACCACUUCAAAGGUUAUUUAUUAUUUCAAAAAACAGAGUGUCUAGUAUACAAGUAUUUGGUUUUGGUGUAACGGUCAUGAUAUACAUAUUUCAGCCUUUUUUGAAAUGUAAGCCGGUACUAUUUGACUAGUGGUGAAUAAUUUCCUAGUUUUUAGACAAUCGGGAAUUAUUUUACCAUCGCUUAACUGUAGAAUGGCAACGCAUCUCUACCUCUCUAUUCUCCAAAUCAGGAAAGGAUCACCAUUAUUUAACGAGUAUUUAAUUUCAUGAUACUUGUGUUCUUUGUUCUAUACCAGACUGCUUCCCAUUUUAGAGUGUGAGUUUCAUAGCUGUAACAUUGAAUAUUGUUCAUUGCCAUUUGAGUAAACAUUUGUGAUCAGCAAAAAAAGCGGAAUAAAGCGAACUCUACAAAUAGCUAAGCUAAGGCAAGAAAAAAAAACUAUAGAUUAGCUGUGAUUGUUGGAUGUUUUAACCGAGGCAAACAAGUCGAAUAAUUCGGAGUAUUGAGAUUUUGUAAAUUUACCGUGCAACAUAGCCUAAGUUUUGAUUUUUGAAGAAUUAUUCGUAGAGUUUCUCUUGUCAAGUGAGAAGAAUAAAUAGAGGUAUCUUGUUAGAAAUGCUAAUUUGUGAAAUAUUAUAAGGUAAUGAUUUAUUUGUCACUUAUAGAUCUUUAUUACUGAAUCGAUUAAAUAUGCGAGUUGUACAUUGGAUUCAUUCAGGUUGAAUAUUUUGACUCCUGCGAGUUGGUGGGAUUAAAUAUAGAGAAAAAAAUAAAUGACAAAAAUGUAUACUUCAAA